UUUCUCAUGAAUCCCACUUUACCGGUUUGAAAAUCUGCUACGGCUGUUGUUAUAACAAGCACCAACCACGACGACCGUGUGCUUCCAUUCUUUGCUCCUUCGGGGCUGUCCAAAACGACGACGUUUAGACCAGAUUCUCAGGCGACCGGGAAAUGGUGGAGACGGUGGAGCUUCAAGGCGAGGAGCAGCGUUCGCUGCUCUCAGAUUCGAGCAAUGGUGACCGGUCCUGGCGGUUGAACUUCGAGGGGUUUCAGAUAUCUUCAGAGCACACGGAGAAGCAAGUGAAACCCUCUCGCGGACUCUAUGACUGUUAUGGCGUUCUAGGUCAAGAGGAUAAUAUUGCGGAGUACUACCAGCAGCAAGUUGAAGUGCUUGAGGGAUUUACUGAAAUGGAUGCUCUAGCAGAGCGUGGUUUUAUUCCUGGAAUGUCGAAGGAGGAGCGAGACAAGUUAGCAAGAAGUGAGACGUUUGCCAUCAGAUUGUCAAAUGUAGCAAACAUGGUUCUUUUUAUCGCCAAAGUUUAUGCAUCAAUACGAAGUGGUUCCCUAGCCAUCAUUGCAUCGACUUUAGACUCGCUUCUUGAUCUCCUUUCUGGAUUUAUCCUCUGGUUCACUGCAUUUUCCAUGCAGACACCAAACCCGUAUCAGUACCCUAUUGGAAAGAAACGGAUGCAACCAUUGGGAAUUCUUGUUUUUGCCUCUGUCAUGGCUACACUGGGACUGCAAAUUAUCUUGGAGUCUAUCCGCACAUUAAUAUAUUCUGACAAUGCAUUCAACUUGACCAAUGAACAAGAGCGAUGGGUUGUGGGAAUUAUGCUUUCAGUGACUUUGGUGAAAUUCUUACUGAUGAUUUAUUGCCGCACUUUUACUAAUGAGAUCAUUAAAGCCUAUGCCCAGGAUCAUUUUUUCGAUGUGAUCACCAAUGUCAUUGGUCUUAUUGCUGCACUUUUGGCAAACUAUGUUGAUGAUUGGAUGGAUCCUGUUGGUGCUAUCAUUCUGGCGUUGUACACCAUUCGCACAUGGUCAAUGACAGUGUUGGAAAACGUGAAUUCCCUGGUUGGAAAAUCAGCUGCACCUGAGUAUCUUCAGAAACUCACAUACCUAUGCUGGAACCACCACAAGGCUGUGAGGCACAUUGAUACAGUUCGGGCAUACACAUUCGGGUCUCACUACUUUGUUGAAGUUGAUAUUGUCCUGCCAGCAGAUAUGCAGCUGCAAGAGGCCCAUGAUAUUGGAGAAUCAUUGCAAGAGAAGCUUGAGCUUUUACCCGAGAUCGAGCGUGCUUUUGUUCAUCUUGAUUAUGAAUACAGUCACAAACCUGAGCAUGCACAAUCUCACUCUUAGCAGCAGUAAGGAAAACCUAUGUCCUUGUUUAUUUCAUUUGCUCUUUCAUCUCCUUAAGUUGUAAAAUGUGAAUCGUAUAUGUAGUUCAGAAUCUGAACUUCUGAGCAAGUCACUAAGAAGUUGUUAGCUAUACCAGCAGCUAUCACUCUACUUUCUGGCAGACCUGAUAAUGUUCCCAAAUGUAUAUCAAGAUACCCUUAUCAGGUAAAGACCUUCCUUCCAGGUUCCAUUUAGGGGAAACAGAAUCGUUAUGUUCUCAUAGAGUGCACUCUUUCUACCUUAAUUAAGCUUUAAGGUGUUGUGUGCUGGUCUUGGUUAUUUCUAACUUCACCAAAUAUCAUAAUAUAUACAUAACACGCAAAGUUUUUCUUUUACA